AUGAAAACUGCUCUUUUGCUACUCGCAAUCACAUCGACGGCAGCUUAUGGGAGCCCUCCAGGAUCUGGACAGAACUGGGGAUCGCUUCCUGAAACAUUUCUCAACAAAGUUGACAAACCAUCCCAACUGAAGUAUUUUGCAAUCCUUAGCAACACCACCAUGACCAUUGCUGAGCAGAAGAAGGAAAUCCAGAAAUGGGCAGAGCAAAAUGGGGUUCUGGAUGAAGUGAAGCAUUACGAUGCCCUUGAGAAAAAGUAUAGGAAGAAAUUGAUGAAGCUUAUGACGAACAUAAUUGAAGAAUUGCCAUCUCUUCUGGAAAACCUCAUGACAGUAAUGGAGGAUCAAAAUCAGACAAGUGCCCAGAUGUUGACUAAGUUGCAGGCCCUAGGAACUGCAAGCCCACAGUCGUAUAUGUGCACGCUGGCUGUCAAUACCCAUGCGAAGUUUGAUGAAGCAAAAACGGAGCACUACUGUUUGCUGUCAUUCUCAGAUAUGGUUUACAAUGUGCUCAAUUUUGCUCUAAGGCAAUUCAUGAUACAACCAUAUCCAACCGGGGACAGACCUGCUCCACAGCCUCAGCCACACCGUAACCCCGCUCCAGAGCCUCAGCCACAGCGUAGACCCGCUCCACAGCCACAGCCACAGCCACAGCGUAGCCACGCUCCACAGCCUCAGCCACAACGUAGCCACCCGCAUGGUCAAGUCAGACGUGAUCAGUAUGCUCCCAGAGACUCCGGCAGAAUGAAAGAGCGUCACGGUUACGAAUAUGUUGGUGGGUUUUGGAAAUCCCGACUUUCGUUGUAUGUCGUGGUAAUGUCAGAACAGUACUGA